UGCAUGCAAAAAGAUCUGGAGGGAGGGCUCUAGGUGCGUUUUUGAGGAGAAACCCAAAGAGAAAAGAAAAGAAAAGAAAAGAAAAUUGAGUGGAAAUCGUCACCACUCAAAGGAUCUGGUGAAGAUUGCUCUCGCCGACAAGAUUCGAUCUUUUCAGGAAGCAGUCAGUUUCUUCCAGCUUUAAAAGGACCACAAAAUGAAAUGGGUUCCCAAAGGAAUAGGCAGAGAUACAUGGGAUUGGGCUCUUGGUUUGAUAUAUAUAAUUGCUGUUGCAUCUAUAUGGAUUGCUGCUAGUUACCUUGUUCAGUCUGUUGUAGAUGCUGGAGUCUCACCUUUUCUAUUAUCCUAUAUCUGUAACUCUCUAUUCUUGGUUUACAUCCCUAUAGUAGAGGUUGGAAGGUGUUGUGAGGGGUUGCUUGGUCGUAUUGGGUGUUGGCAUACAAAUUGGAAUAAUAUAAAAGAGCAACAAUCUAAGAAACCUGAAACUGUCAGCCUUCUACAGGACAAUGUCGACCAGGAUAACUUAAUAAGCCAUUAUGGAGAUGGAAAUACAUCUAUAAUAAGCUCCAGUGAUCAAGAUGAAGAAAGACCAUCACCUAUUUUAGGUGAUGCUCUUGUUCAGCAAGGAAGGCAGUCUGAUCCACCCGGUCGCUGGACACGCUUUCAGGUUGCAAAAGUCAGCUUGUUGAUAUGUCCUUUCUGGUUUUUCGCUCAACUGACGUUCAAUCUCUCUCUUAAAUACACCACUGUGACAUCAAAUACCAUUUUAAGCAGCACCUCUAGCCUUUUCACCUUCUUGGUUUCUUUGGCAUUCUUAGGAGAAAGGUUUACAUGGAUAAAGCUAAUUAGUGUUCUACUCUGCAUGGGAGGGACUAUAAUAGUGGGUCUUGCUGAUUCAGAAAGUGGAGCGAAUGCUAUUGUUGGAAACCCUGUACUUGGAGACAUUCUAGCUCUUGUUUCUGCUUGCUUAUAUGCUGUUUACAUCACACUCAUUCGAAAAAAACUUCCUGAUGAGAAAAAGGGCGAAGGAAAAGCUAGUAUGGCUGAGUUUCUGGGUUAUCUUGGAAUGUUUAAUCUCUUGAUUUUUCUCCCGGUUGCGUUAGUGUUAAAUUUCACCAAGAUGGAGCCCUUCGGAAAGCUUACCUGGUAUCAGUUUGGCCUCAUUGUUGCAAAAGGUUUGCUUGACAAUGUUCUGAGCGAUUACCUGUGGGCAAAGGCCAUUCUCUUGACUACAACCACAGUGGCAACAGCAGGUCUCACUAUUCAGGUCCCAAUAGCUGCUGUUGUGGAUUCGCUUACAGGCCAUGCUCCUCAUUUAUUAGAUUGUAUUGGAGCUGCUGCUGUCAUGGCAGGUUUUGUUGGGAUCAACAUUCCUUCGGAGGCUCUCGCUAAAUCUGAAGUAGAUAUGCAAGAGCAAGAAGUAGAUGGACCAAUUAAUAUUUCUUAGUGCAACCUUGAUAAUCUGGUAUUACUUAUAUUAUUCUUUAGAAAAUAUAAAUUGUAAUUUAUAUUGUUCAACAAACUUUUCUAUCGUUCAUGAUGGUAGACGUGCUUUGCUUGCUGGAUUUGGCAGGCUUCUGUAUUCUUAAUGGUUAUCUGCAAGUCAUGCUGUUGCAUACUCAUGAUUAUUCAUGUAUAUUCUAUAUUGUGGGUGUACGAGUAAAAUUGUAUAUGUUGUUGCAGUUGUAAUUA